CAAAGAAAUCUCUAUAUGCAAUGGCAGCCCCAUAAAACCCAAAUAUUGUAUGUCAUCUGAAAACUUCAUAUCCAUGGUGUCUUAACUUUUUCCCUCCACAAACUACUAGGUACUACUGUACCAUUCAUCUUCUAUUAAUUACUCACCCAACCAACCUUUUCACACUAAAUACAACACUCUCGUGUUCACGCUUUAGCCAAAUAAACACUCAUCUCUUGUUACCAAACCAAACCAUUCAUGGCGUUCAAGAUCAAGAACGCACAUUCUUUCCUCCUCCACCACCACCUCAUUACAACAAUCAUCACCAUUAUCAUCAUCAUCUUUAACAAAUCCCAAACCACUACCGCAACCCUCAUCACACCACUACAAAACUUCACAACGAUGAACUCAUUGGGUGGCCGUGGCCACUGGAUUCAGCUCCAAAGAUCCAUAGGAAUCUCAGCCAUGCACAUGCAAGUAAUGAAAGACAACAAAGUUGUCAUCUUCGACAGAACCGACUUCGGCCCUUCCAAUAUCUCCCUCACAAACAACCGCUGCCGUUACGACCCACGUGACAUGGCUCUCAAAAUCGACUGCACUGCACACUCAAUCCUCUACGACCUAACCACCGACACUUUCCGUCCUUUAACUCUUCAAACAGACGCUUGGUGCUCCUCCGGCGCCGUCAACCCUAACGGUACGUUAAUCCAAACCGGCGGCUUCAAUGACGGUUACACCAAACUUAGAACAUUCACUCCAUGUCCGAAAAACAAUGACUGCGAUUGGGAAGAGCUUCCUCAGAAUCUUUCUUCCAGUCGUUGGUAUGCUUCGAACCAGAUUCUCCCAGACGGUAGAAUCAUCGUCGUUGGUGGUCGUUCAUCUUUUUCAUACGAGUUUGUUCCGAAGAGUUUAAACGACCCGUCGUUUCACUUUUUCAGAUUCUUGCAAAUCACGCGUGAUUCAAAUCCCGGUGAAGAGAACAAUCUUUAUCCAUUCUUGCAUCUUUUACCCGACGGAAACCUCUUCAUCUUCGCUAACCGCCGUUCGAUUCUGUUUGAUUAUACUCAUAACAGGGUAAUAAGGGAAUUUCCGAUUAUACCUGGAGAAGAAAAGAGAAACUAUCCAAGUACAGGUUCUUCCGUUAUGCUGCCGUUGAAUUUAACGGGAAGUGAAAAUGGUUUAAUCGAGGUUGAAAUUAUGGUUUGCGGCGGCGCGUAUCCCGGCGCGUUUGAUUAUGCUAAAAAACAGCAAGUAUUUCUAGAAGCUUCUGAUAGUUGCGGGAGAAUGAAGGUUACUGAUUCUGAACCGGAAUGGGUUAUGGAGUUUAUGCCGACGCCACGUGUCAUGCCGGAUAUGCUUUUGUUACCGACGGGAAAUGUUAUUAUUUUAAACGGUGCGGCCAAUGGUACAGCGGGUUGGGAAAACGCGGCGAACCCGGUUUUGCAUCCGGUUUUGUAUCGACCCGGUUUAGUAGACUCGGUUUUGAGGUUUCAGUUGCUAGCUCCGGCGAGUACUCCGAGAAUGUAUCAUUCUUCAGCUGUUUUGUUGCCAGAUGGCAGGAUUUUAGUGGGUGGAAGUAAUCCACAUAGAGGUUAUGAUUUUCUGGCUUACCCGUACCCGACUGAGUUGAGUUUGGAUAUUUAUAACCCGGAUUAUCUUGGGCCGGAGAUGGAUCCAUUGCGGCCCGGUAUUAUUACGGUGGAGGUUGUGAAUCAUACUGUGGAGUAUGGGAGUUUGUUUACGGUGUCGUUUUCGUUGAAGGAGGUUCGUGAUGUUAGUGGGAUUCGGUUUUCGUUGGUGGCGCCGUCGUUUACUACACACUCGUUUGCGAUGAAUCAGCGGGUUUUGUUUUUGGAAGUGAAGGCGUUGGAAGAGGUUGGGAAUUCUAGUCCCGAAAGCCCACAAGGCCCGGUGAAGUCUGUUUAUAAGGCUAUGGUACGUGGGCCCGGUUCGUUCACAGUGGCCCCACCUGGGUAUUAUAUGCUUUAUGUUGUUCAUGCUGGAGUUCCUAGUGUUGCUAAAUGGGUUCAUAUUCGUUGAAUAUGGUUAUUUUUAGGUUUUUUUAAUGCGAAAAAAAAAAUUAUUUGAGACCAGGAAAAUGAGAGUAGAAGAUGGGUUUUUGAAAAUAAAAUUCAAGCCUGGGAAAAGAGUCAUUUAUUUGUUCAUUCAUGGCUACUUUGAGGCUUUGGCCUGUUGUACAUUUUUUAACUCCUGCUUUGAUUUUAUAAUGGGAGAUUGUCCAUUCUAUUUAAGUUGUCAAGCAAUUUUAGUAACUUUUAAUUAUGGUUGAGUUUUU